GCAAGAUGCCAAGCGAUGAAAAGCACACACGGAAGACCUUUCUCUUUCUGCAGAUUGUUUGAUUUGUAUCGUUACUUUUGGAGCAUCCAACGUGGAUGUGGUCAUGUAUCCAAAGUUUUGUUGCUUUGGGCUUUUUGCUCAGCUUUUUUGGCUGCUUUGGGCUGCCUUGGGUUUCCACCCGCGCGUGUUGGAAAUGAAGCGAAUCCCGAAAUGAAGUAGCAGUGGCACAGUGAUUGUGCCUGACAGAAUCACCAUGGUAACUCCCCCCAACGGCCAUCUUCCCCCCUCCUUCAAGGCAUUUCAAGGAGAAAAGGAGAUUGACGGCGGCUAGACGACGACGAAAGGCUUUUUUUUUUUCGUAGCGUUUUUGGCUGGUGGGUUGUGAGUUGGAUGUAAAGCUCUUUUUUUUUGUGUCGAUUUCAGACUGUUGGGGGUGUUCUUAAGCGGGGCAUUGGAAAGGUCAUCGAAUACAAACGAAGAAACGGAAACUGGAAAAACGGCUUUUAGCAAACAGUUCCUGCUGCUCAAAAGGCUUUUCAUUAUCGAUUCUACACCACAUUGCGUAUUCUUUUUCGCUCGUUCUGUUUGUAAAAGACUUGUUUCAAAAGGCACACAAGUUUAUAUAUUCCCCCCUGCUUUGGAUUGAACGAAAAUCGAAAAAAAACAAAUGUCACCUCUCUCUGCUGCGCGAUUUGUUUACCUGUUGCUCGUCAUUGCACUUGUUACAUUAUACCCGCCCUUUGUUGCUGGCGACAGACGGCGUUCUUUGGAACUGACGCGACGGGCAUUUGAGAAUCAUGAAAAGGCGCUUGGACUAGUACCGCGACAGGGAACGAGGAGCGGGGGCGGAUCCACCGCUCCGACCAACAAUCCUCCUCCUUCAAGCGAUCCGAAGCCGUCCCCCACUCAGGCUGGUGGUGGAAGCACGCCGGUACCGCCCUCUCCGGCGCCUUCUUCUGACAGGCCGUCACCACAAUCCCCUUCGGACAGGCCUACGGGACCAAGUCCGUCACCGACCAAUCCUCCACAUUCCCAAGCGACUCCCUCUCGUGCACCAGAUCCAUCGGUAAGUACUCCCCCACGGACUGUUGUAGUUACUUCAGUUACUCGUAUCGUGCAACAGGACCCGACACCAAAUCCUCAACCGCAACCGCAACCGCAGCCGCAGCCCCAACCUCAACCUCAACCUCAGCCCCAACCCCAACCCCAACCUCAACCGCAGCCGCAGCCGCAGCCUGGACCUUCCCAGCCAUCACAAUCUCAACCGUCCCAGGUUGUUGGAGCUAAUGACCCGCCGCGAAUUGUAACAGAGACAAGGCACAUUACAGCGUCCAAUAGCAGAACGGCGCUCCAGCCAAGUCCAACCUCAGCAACGGCACCAAAUUCAUCACUAGAAGAUUCGCCGAAAACAAGCUCACUAAAAGGCACUGCUAUAACAGGCAUCGUGGUCGCCAGUGUGUGUGUCGUCGGUGCCGCGUUAGCCAUUUAUGCUUUCAGAAAGUGGAAACUUAAACCCUCCAGCAAUUUUCGUCAGCGCAUGUCUGCAAGCUUCAGCUCUCCUUCCACAACAGCAGACCGCCUUGUCCAUGAACCAUCCAUCCACAGCGAGCUUUCGGUCAACCGACCGACUCCAACACCCAUUCCGUCGACGACACCCUCCCCGGUGCCAAUGGCGAUGACUGGCAAUAUAGCACAAGCUCCUGCCUAUUAUGACUAUGGCGGUUAUCAAUAUGGUGUUGGGUAUGGAACAUCGAAUAGCGGGUGGAGUGACACUGGAAGCGGGCAUGGGCAUGGACAUGGGCAAGGAGGGUCAUUUGGUAGAAGGUGAUGAUAUGGACAUGAACCUAUGUGAAUUCUGGAACAGACAAAAAACAUUUGUCGAUUGGGGGCGUAUUCCUGUUGCGGCGUUUAGAUGUGAUGACGGCGACAAGUUUUUAUAGAACCUUGCGGGUUUGCUAGACGACGGCGUAAUCGUACGCUGUGCGUGUGAUAUCGAGUCUAGGUCAUGUACGUAGUCCAGUUGCUUGUAAUUAAAAGAAGAGUUGCAUAAUAUACCAAAAAGUUUAACACGUUCACA